AUGGACAUUACACCUCUUGACGAGCAGAUUCCUCAGCCGGGCCAAUGGCCUGUGGAUCCUCAGGAAGAUGUCCCCAUCUCUGAGGAUCGUAUCUGGGUUGAUGGAUGCUUCGACUUUAGCCACCAUGGACAUGCCGGUGCUAUGCUUCAGGCUCGUCAACUCGGCAAAGCACUAUACGUGGGUAUUCAUUCGGAUCAAGCAAUUCUGGAAAACAAGGGCCCAACAGUGAUGUCGUUGGAUGAACGAGUCUCAGCUGUUGAUGCCUGUCGGUGGGCCACUCAAAGUGUGCCCCAUGCUCCCUAUGUAACCUACUUACCUUGGGUUUCCCAUUACGGCUGUAAAUAUGUGGUCCACGGUGACGACAUCACAUCGGAUAGCGAUGGGAAUGACUGCUAUCGAUAUGUCAAAGCAGCAGGUCGUUUCAAGGUCGUUAAACGAACGCCCGGCAUUUCUACGACGGAUCUGGUUGGUCGUAUGCUUUUAUGUACGAGGAAUCACUUUAUCAAGUCUGUCAGAGGUACACUUUCAGGAGAAGACGGCUCGGGAAGUCUCGAGGAGCGCAAGGCAGCUGCGGCGGAUCUUGUGCAAAGGAUCCGGGCCUAUGCGACAGACGAGAGUGGCCUCCAACCUGGUCCUCAGGUCUGGACAUGGGCUGGAUCUGGAACAGCGAAGAUUGACCACGACGUCCAGGAAGCUGGGACUUUUCAAGCUCUGGUGGAUGGGAAGGGCCCAAAACCAGGUCAACGUAUCGUGUAUGUUGAUGGCGGCUUCGACCUUUUCUCAUCCGGUCAUAUCGAAUUCCUGCGGAAGGUUAUGGAGAUGGAGGACGCUGAGGGUCACCGCCGAGGCUGGUUUGACUCGGAACAGAGAGAGAAGCGACUGAAGGAGCACAAUGAAGACUACGCUCCUGCAUACAUAGUUGCCGGAAUUCAUGACGAUGACGUGAUUAAUCACUGGAAGGGACUCAAUUACCCCAUCAUGAACAUCUUCGAACGUGGUCUUUGUGUCCUGCAGUGCCGGUAUAUCCAUGCAGUCAUCUUCUCGGCACCUUUCACGCCAAGCCAGCCUUAUCUGGAGGCUUUGCCACUUGGCGUACCACAUGUCGUUUACCAUGGACCUACGACGUUUAUCCCUCUAACAUAUGAUCCUUAUGAUGCACCGAAGAAGAUGGGAAUCUUCCAGGAGGUUGCCCCACACGCUUUCCAACAUGUCAAUGCGGGCGAGAUUGUUGGUCGCAUCUUGAAGAGCCGAGAAGCGUAUGAAGCACGACAAAGGGCUAAACUAGAAAAAGCCGUUGCUGAAGACCUGGUCAAGUCUCAGGAGCAAGCGUCGGCUUAG